AUGAGGGAAUACAGCUGGAACAGUUUCAAGGAUUUAAUUUUCAGAAAUCCUGCUGUUGUCGACCAGGAUCCACAUGUGGAUCAUGGGGAUGAGAAUGCUGAGCGUGGGAACUGGGCCAGCAAGAGGGAGUACAUCCUCUCUACGAUCGGCUACGCUGUUGGACUGGGAAAUAUCUGGAGAUUCCCAUAUUUGACCUAUAAGCAUGGAGGGGGUGCCUUCCUGAUUCCCUAUUUUUUGAUGUUGGUGGUGGCUGGAAUUCCUCUUUUCUUCCUGGAAAGUGCCUUUGGGCAGUUUUGCAGCCAAGGUCCAAUUAACAUAUGGAGAGCAGUGCCAAUCCUGCAGGGUGUUGGCGUUGCCAUGGUUAUGGUGACUCUAAUAGUAUCAAUUUACUAUAAUGUCAUCAUGGGCUACAGCCUGUACUACAUGUUCGCCUCCUUCCAGUCUCCUCUGCCGUGGUCCAGCUGCCUCAGUCAGGUUGACAGUAACUGCAGCAACACACCUAUAGUGUACUGCAAUGUAAGUGGUGUUUUAGUGACCAACUGGACUCAGGAAAACAGCACUUGUCCUUCAUCCAACAUGAUCACAGUGCCAGUGCAGAGCCCGAGUGAGCAGUACUGGGAUCAUGUGGCUCUGCAGAGAUCCAGCGGUCUGGAUGAAACAGGACCAGUAGUUUGGCACUUGGCCCUCUGUCUGCUGCUGAGCUCCAUUCUUGUCACUGCAGCGCUUAUCAAAGGCAUCAAGUCAUCAGGCAAAGUUGUGUAUUUCACUGCUACAUUUCCUUAUGUGGUGAUUCUGAUCCUGCUGAUCAGAGGGGUGACACUAGAGGGAGCCAGAGAUGGGAUAGAGUUCUACAUUGGCUCCCAAUCCAAUUUAACUAAACUGACAGAAGCAGAGGUCUGGAAAGAUGCAGCAACCCAAACCUUCUACUCUCUCUCGAUUGGCUGGGGUGGAGUCAUGACUCUUGCUUCAUACAACAACUUCCACAACAAUGUGUUCAAGGACUCAUUUGUUGUAACACUUACUAACGCUGGUACCAGUGUGCUUGCAGGCUUUGCCAUAUUUUCAAUCUUGGGUCACAUGGCUCACAUCUACAAAAUGCCUGUUGGAGAAGUAGUGAAGGACGGAUUUGGCCUGGCAUUUAUUGCAUAUCCAGACGCUCUGUCUAAGCUUCCUAUUUCCCCUCUGUGGUCCAUUUUGUUCUUCCUCAUGCUUUUGACUGUUGGACUGGACUCUCAAUUUGCAGGAAUAGAGGUGAUCAUCACCUGCCUGCUCGAUGCCUUCCCUAAACUCUUCAAAUCCAGACGAGCUUUAUUGAUGAUAACAAUAUCUUCCAUCCUGUACCUGUUGGGCCUGCCAUGUGUCACAAGGGCAGGAAUAUACUGGGUGACUCUAAUCGACCACUUUGUUGCCACCUGGGUUCUGCUCUGUUUGGCUCUCCUGGAGAUCAUUGGCGUCUGCUACAUAUAUGGAGGAAACCGUUUUAUUAAAGACAUUGAGAUGAUGAUUGGAAAGAAGAGUUUCACUUUCUGGCUGUGGUGGAGAGCAUGUUGGUUCUUCAUCAGCCCCUGCAUCAUAUCGGUGAUCUUGAUCUGGUCUCUGAUGGACCUUCAGCCACCCGACUAUGGAGAAAUUCAGUACCCAGUGUGGGGUCUGGCUCUGGGCUGGUGCAUGGCGGCAUUUGUCCUCCUCUGGGUCCCUGUCGUCGCUCUGAAUAAGCUGAUGAGAGCAGUGGGAAGUCCCUGGAAGCGCCUGAAGUCAUUGUGCGCUCCAGCUGAAGAAUGGCAUCCCUACCUGGACAUUCAUCGAGGAGAACGCUACUCACAAGAACGCUGCCGCCUCAGGAUGAGCCAUAAAAACAAAGUAGAAGGAAAUGUAAAUGUAAUCUCAAGCUCAUGGCUCUGA